UGUUCAUCUACGCUCACGCUCACGGCUUUUUCUACUUCACUCUUUUGAUCCAUAUCUUCGUUUACGACUGUCCGGGUUUAUUUGAUUCCUCCUCUUCUGUCGAUUCGGCUUACCUUCAAAGAAACUCGAUUCCAUACGUCACGAUGUCUCUUCGCAUUGCCCCCAAAGCAAAUUACCCAACCCAGACCUCCAACGUCUCGGCCCGUGCCCCCGUCUCUCUCCCCUGCCCGUCAAAAGGCGCCCCCUCAGCUCCAGGUCUCCCCGACAGGCUGCGCGACAACAUCACACUCCCAGCUCCCCGGGGACCACCAUCGUCUUCAGAUAACACAACUCCUGUCUCCACGCACCCUCUCGAGGCUCGUCUACUUGCCUGGCGCCAGACACAGGAUGCAAUGAAGAUGGAGACUCUAAGACGGACAUUUGGGAUCGCAGAACCGGUGAGACGUGGAAUGGAAUUGAAGAUCGUCAGGGAUGGGACCUUCAGACCAGCUGUUCUGGGAGGUAAUGGUCUUGGUAAUGUGCAUGAGGAUAUCCUAGUGUUAGGUGGGAGAGAUACGGAGAUUGGGUGGGAGGAUGUCUUUAAGGACGAAUUCAGAGAACCUCCUACCUUCCACGACGAGAUGGAGAAGAGACUGCGCAUGGACUUCUGACGGGGUUUCUUUUUGCUUUUACUUUCUUUUCCUUGCUUCUUUGCUCGUCUCAAAUAUGUCUACAGACCAGGGCAGGAUGAGAUGGUGCCAGGUCCACCAUAGGAAUUCCAUACGUGACGUGGCAUGGACGCCUGCAGUGCAUGUCCGCUAUUAUGAUUGGCUCUGCCAACAAUAUUAGACAUGGUCAGGAAUAAACUCGAUAUCAUCUG